AUGGCCCAGCAACACUUUCACGGAGCUGGCACAUAUGCGCCGGGCAGCUAUCACAGCGAUGGUCUGCUUGGGAGUGAGUUGCAAGUUGACUUACCAUGCAAAACCGACACGUACACCAGCAAUAUAUAUGGGGAAGAACUACGCGAACGCCCGGAGGUGUUGGCAGCUGCGGCCUGGCCAAUCGCCGCGAGUAAGUGGUUUUACAAGGACGAACUAGAGUUCCAAUUGGUCUGCAACAAUGCCCUAUCAAAGCUGCCGUUAAGGGCGUGCGUCGCACCAGAUCUAGACGUGGGCAGUCUACUGGACCAAAUCUCGAAACAGAGAAAGGAUGACCAGCAGAAAACGUUUUCAGAGCCGGAGCUUUCCAGAUUUUCGAUUGUUUGUCAGAUGGAAUCCACUGAGCCUAAAGGCAACGGGAUGAUAGUGGUGCGAUUCAAUGUACAGGGCUCCUUCCUGCAGAUGCAGAUACAAUUUUCAGACAAGAGAUUUCAUCCAAAGGAGGCUGAGAACCUGGCUCGUAUGCUACAGGGCAUCCUCCAACAGUUAAACAAGAGCUCUAGUAGAUCUACACUGUUAACGGAACUGAACUUAAUAACAUCUGAAAAUCUGGUGCAUACUAUGGUCCACCAAAUCGCCCUGAACCACCCGGAUUUCCCUGCGGUGUGCGCAUGGGAUGGAUCCCUCACAUACAAAGAGCUGGUUGACCUGUCAACACGCCUGGCACUUGGUCUAGCCCGAAAAGGGGUAGACAGAGGCGUGGUUGUGCCAUUAUACUUCGAAAAGUCUUUAUGGAUGCCGGUUGCAAUUUUGGCGGUCCUUAAGGCUGGCGGAGUCUUUCUUCAACUGGCAAAUUCAAUACCCAAGGGCAGAAUUGAGGCUAUAUUGAAUACUGGGAACUCACCAUUUGCGUUGGUUGGAAAUUCCACACCGGCUUGGAUGGGAGACAUUGUGCCCACGCUCACAGUCGAGGACCUGAUGUCAUUGGCGGAGUCCACUGACCCGCCUUUACCAGACUGUUCAGGAAACCAGGACGCCGUUCAACUAUUUACAUCCGGAAGUACUGGCAUACCUAAAGGCAUUGUUUGGACACAUACUGUGCUGGCCACAAACUGUGAGGAGAUAAUGAGAAAACAGUCAUUUGGGCCAGGUAUUCGGCAGUUCCAGACGGCGUCGUACGAAUUUGAUGUCAGUAUGAUGGAAUCUAUUGCUAUUUUAAUUUCUGGCGGAUGUCUUUGUAUCCCGCAAGAGAACGACGGGGUGCAUUGUUCUCCUCAAGCCCUCGAGGCACUACAGGCGAACUCGGUCUAUCUCACACCUACAUUGGCUCGGAAACUCGACCCCGACAGUGUCCCUAGCCUGAAAUACCUGGCGCUUGAGGGAGAGGUCUUGCCCAAAGAUAUUGUGUCUAAGUUUGAUAAGAGAUUGACCAUGUAUAACUUUUACGGUCCGGCGGAAUGCCCCCACGUGGCCGCAUGCACAAUCGACCCGGAUUCCUUCGAAACUGGGUUUGCUGGGGCAACUUCCGUCUGCCUUCGGUGGAUAGUGGAUCCGCACAAUCACAACAACCUUCUACCUGAUGGGGCUAUUGGGGAGUUACUCGUGGAGGGCCCGAUUCUCAUGGAUCGCUAUAUUUGUGACGACCCCGACGUAGCAGCUUUUGUGACACCAACAUGGCUGUGCCAGGGCUUUGGUCAAUUCUCAGGACGCCAAGGGCGAUUAUUCAAGACAGGAGACCUGGUCCGGUGUAAGCCGGAUGGCGGCCUGGUCAUACUAGGCCGCAAGGACUCGCAGGUUCAGAUCGGCGGCGAACGGGUGGAAUUGACUGAGGUUGAACAUCAUGUGCGCAAAUUCCUGCAAGGCAGGGCAGGCGUUGUUGCCGAGAUGGUCACUCCAAUUGCCGGUCUGAAACCAGUACUGGCCGCUUUCAUCGCCAUUGGUGAUGAGAUUUACCUCCCUUUAGGGGCCAGGCUGCAAGCUCUCACUGCCGGCAUAAAUGAGAAACUGGCGCAGCAUGUCCCGCGUACAUUCAUCCCCGAGGUGUACAUACCAGUGGAUGCAAUUCCAAUGACAGCAGCAGGCAAGACAGACAGAAAGGCACUACGCAAAAUCGGCGGCUCUAUGACUUUGGAUGAGAUAUCCCGGUUGCAGGAACCCAGGUUAGCGAAUUAACCUGAUGGUCUGCGAGCUGAAACGGUC